GCGGGGAACGCCUUCGAUAAAGUUAUUACAAUUGCAAUCUAUCCUCGUCGGAUGAGGAAAAUGCUCUAUUGUCUGCAGCUCGCCCCUCGGCCGCUUAUCAAACCGCCCACCGCCCUACUCACAGACUCCGGCCGUCUCUUCCGGGAAAAGCGUCUCUACCUUCAAUCCCUCAACAUUGACACCCGCAAAGCCCUCAACCUUAACCCCUCGCUCCGUUCCACACCCCUUUCCUCCCUACUCUCUCUCGAAUCUUCUCUCGCCUCCUUUGGCCUCUCUCGCCCCUCAAUUGGCCGCAUUCUUGACAUGCACCCCAUCCUUCUCACCUCCGAUCCACUCCCUCCAAUCAAUUUCCUCCUUCACGAAGUCUCUCUCCCUCCUCCGCAGCUUCCCCAGUCUCUCUCUCGCUGCCCCCGCCUCCUCGUCUCAUCCGUCCCCUCCCAGCUCCGUCCUGCCCUGCAGUUUCUCACAUCCCUUGGCCUCCAUAUCGAUUGUCACACCACUGUUCUCUUAGUCUCUAAUGUGGAGAGAACUUUGAUCCCCAAGAUUCAGUUCCUUCAAUCUCUUGGGUUUGAAGAGAAGGAGGUUAGACGGAUGGUGGUGAGGUCGCCUGGGUUGCUGACAUUAAGUGUGGAGAGUAACAUGGUUCCCAAGCUAGAGUAUUUCCUGAAGGAGAUGAAGGGGGACUUGAAGGAAUUAAAGCGGUUUCCGCAGUAUUUUUCAUUUAGUUUGGAAAAGAAGAUCAGACCGAGGCACAGGGCACUGGUACGGAACGGGAUUAAGAUGCCAUUGUCGAAGAUGUUGAAGAUUAGUGAUGGGGAGUUUAAUGUCAGAUUGCUUGAGAUGAGAUUGAAGAGGCUUGAGGCAAGAUAGCUUUCCUAGUAAGUUGUGUUGUCCUCUUUUUUCUUGUAAUCUUAUAUAUUGUUAGUUUUUCUUUUCUCUUUUUUUUUUUUUGGCCAAACUUAUAUGUUAUUAGUUUGAUUUGAAAAAGAAAUGUAGUGAAUUGUUCAUGUGAUGAGGUUAUAUAGAGUUCUUUUGAUUUUCAUGGGCUAGUAAUGUUUAUAAUGCCAUUUUUGUAACAUAACAUGCGAAGUAGGAUGAUAAUAUUAAUAAAAAUAAUCAAAUUUU